AUGCCAACUCUAGUAAUGAAUCGAAAAGUACUCAGUGGUAGAAAUUUAUUAUUGAAUGCAAAUGUGUUUGCAACAAAGAAACCUUCUUUAUUCAUUCCCAAUGCAGGUUUGAGAUUCCAAAUAGUGUCCAAGAGUACUUCGAGAGGAUAUGCCAGUAAAGCAGAUACAAAUAAAACAAAAUCUUUGGCUAGACGAAGAGUUUUGAAUGUUCUUCUAACAGUUUUAGUACCAUAUACUGGAUAUGCAUUUUACGUAGUGACAGGAGCCUCCAAAGAGAUUAACUUGAGAGCUAAGGAAUUGAGUACGAUAGAAGGUGAAGGUGAGUUGACUAAUGCAGGAACAUUGAUUAAAUACUCACCAUUAAAGAUAUUGAACAGGUAUGAGAAUCCUUUUGAAGAAUAUAGAAUGCAAACAGUUUAUGAAUUUUUUUUCAAUAGAGUAGUUGAAGUUUUCCAAAGGAACAGAGGUGGUAUUCCAGAAAGUAAAAUUGAAAUGGAUUCAUUAAUGCCUAUCCACAAGCCCGAUUGGUUGCCCCAAACCGCAGCAUCUAAUCAUAAUCAUUUAUCAACCGAAAAUAACAUAUCUGAUAUUUCUGUAGUUACUUCGGAAAAUAUUUUGAAUCAAGAAGGAAACGGCAACACUUCUGAAAUAUAUAGCACAUGGCUCGGUCAGUCAUGUAACUUUAUCUAUUAUAAUGGCCUCAAAAUCAUCACCGAUCCACUUUUUAGUGACUAUUUGAUCCAUGAAAAGUAUGGUCCCAAAAGGAUCACAUCGCAACCUUCUCAUAUUGAUAAAGUUCCUCAACCCGAUGUCAUCAUCGUUUCACAUAAUCAUCCUGAUCAUCUAGAUACUAAUAGCAUGUCAAAGUGGACAUCUUCAGAAGUUUUAUGGAUUGUACCGAAAGGUGCCAAAAAAUUCUUACAAAAACAUGGUGUACAGAAUGUAAUUGAGUUAUGUUGGUGGGAAGCCGUUGAAUUUAAAAAAAAUAAGGAAAUUUAUCACAUAUCAUCUGUUCCAGCUAUGCAUUGGUCAGGGAGAGGACUUUUAGACAUCAAUGAGUCUCUUUGGUGUUCAUUUAUAAUGACACAUAAUAAGCAGCCAAUUUUAUUCCACGCUGGGGAUACAGGAUAUGUUAGCGAUUUAUACAAAAGAAUAAAAUUAAAAUUUGGAGGAGGAUGCAAACUAGCACUGUUGCCUUGUGGACAAUAUUGUCCAGAAUGGCAUCAAAGACCGCGUCAUAUCAAUUCUCAUGAAGUCCUUAGUAUAAUGGAGGACCUUGCUGUAAAAAAUGUACUUGGCAUUCAUUGGGGUACAUUUGUGUUGAGUGGUGAGUAUUUUAGAGAACCCAAGGAAAAGCUUGAAUUACUAGCACAAUGGAAAGGAAAAUCUGAACGCUGUUACUGCCCAGAACUUGGUAAAACCAUUAAAUUUGAUUAG